GUAUGUGUUUGUUUAUUAAUGCUGGGUUUGUCUUUGCACCUUGGCUGUCUUCUAUCUUACGGAUCACGUUUUGCUUUUCUAGAAAGUGCCCCAGCAACAGAUCCUGAUAUGUGCAAAAGGAAGUCUGGCUCAAGCACAGACGAGGAGGAAGUACUUAUGUUGCCAGUUAAAGGCCGUGAGCGCUAUAACAUGUUAAAAAAGAUAAAUGAUGCAUUAGAACUGGCUGAAAAAGAGGCUAAAAACAAAACCAGGAACUGCUGCCGUCCAGUGGAAAGCGCGUCUUGCAAAAAGCAGAACGAAGCGACAGCGACUAGUUGCAAUCUGCCUUCUUUUAACCGCCAUGUUAUGUUCAGUGUUGCUUCCUGGCCAACAUCCCUCAGCAGGAGGCUGCACGAUCAUCGAGUUCAGAUGAACUGCGCGACCCCAGCCCCCUGUACCUCCCCGUCCCUCGUCCUGCCGGGGUCCGGCGCGACCCCAGCCCACGGAACCUCCCCGUCCCUCGUCCUGCCGGGGUCCGGCGCGACCCCAGCCCACGGAACCUCCCCGUCCCUCGUCCUGCCGGGGUCCGGCGCGACCCCAGCCCCCUGUACCUCCCCGUCCCGCAUCCUCCCGGGGUCAGGCGCUACCCCAGCCCCGUGUACCUCCCCGUCAGGCGUCUUGCCGGGGUCCGGCGCGACCCCAUUUUUUUUGUUUUUUAUUUUUCCUUCUCCUUUCCUCCCCUUUACCUCCACCCGUGCCACAGGCCCACUGAUGAUGAACAUGAUGAUGAUGACAAACAUGAUGAUGAUGAUGAUGAUGAUGAUGCAAGCAGACAGCUGCGUGCAAGGGCUGACCAUUUUAAACGAAAAAUAAAACAGACCAAACAGGCAAAAA